GCUUUGUCAAAAUUUAAGUUGUCUCGUUUUCUUGAACUCAACCAUUUUAUAAAUUUCAUUUAAAAAAACCAAAAUAAAAAGUAAAUAAAUAAAAGAAUUUCAAAGUAAAUUUCUUAUUCUUACUCUCCUCAUAAAUAAAAACAAAAAAAAAAUGAAUGAAAUAAUCGAAGUUCCCUUCGAAAUGCUUGCAUCCAAUAAUCCAUUUCAAGUACCAAUAAAAGAUAUAAAUACAACCGAAGACGAACCCGAAUGGACCACAACCACAACCUUCUAUUUCCUCGAUGAAGUUCUAAAAAAGAAAAAAGAACUGCACGAUCCAAAACAUCGUUGUACCAAAUAUUACGGUGAAAUUCGUGAUAUAUUACUCGACAAAUGGUCUCUUCAUUUUACUAUAAGAGAUUUGGAAAAAAAAUUCCAUUGUUUAAAGAGAAACUUUGAUAUUUUAUGCGUCAAUAGAGACCGAAAUGGUGGCGCUCCAAAGCGACCAGUCAAUUGGCCAUUCUUUGACAAAAUGAUGGAAAUCUUUGCCGAAGAAUUGGAUAUUGAAGAUUGCCCAACAAUGGCAUCUCUUUAUCCAGAAUUGCCACUUCCCCGAACAGCGUUGCCACAAAAGAAAGAUGAUUCUUUAGGUGAUUGUUUUACAGAAGACGAUCAAGAGACGGCAAAUGGGGAAGUGGAAAAAACGAAACAAUCAAUGUGGACCCACAAAGCGGUUGUUGACUUUUUGGAAGAAUGUAUCGAAAGAAAGGACGCUUUGUGGGAUCCCAAUAUUGUUCGAAAUGAAGUUUUCACUGAGAUUAGUGAAAAACUAAAAAAAAUGGGGUAUACAUUUACCCCAGAUUCGCUUGAUUGCAAACUUAAAAACUUGAAAUACAGUUAUAAAAUGCGAACUAGCAAAUCGACGGGCAAAAGGAAACAUUAUCCUUGGCCUUAUUUUGAACAAUUGCAUUCCCUUUAUAAUGGAUAUGUUAAUAAAAAACCAAGUUCAAAUUCGGGGGUAAAAAGAAGACGAUCGAGAAGAUCGAGAAUAGGGAAUAAUCCUGGGGAAGAUAAGAAAAUCAAGAAAGAAGAAACGAUACCAUCUUCUGAUGAUCUAACAACAUCAAAGAAUUUCCGAAAAUUACUCCCCAAACCAGAUCCUUUUCAGCAAUUUCAUUUACCUGCUCCAAAUGCUUCUCAAACAAAAACUGAAAAUCUUUGGAAUGAUAACAUUGUUGAAAUAAAAUGUCCCAUCUCACCGGGAGAUCUUGAUUAUUCAGCUUUAGAUGAUGAUAAUACAAUUGAGAGACUAGAUGAUGAAAUACUUCAGUCAAUUGAGAGAAUUGAUGAAGAAACACCUACGCCAAAACAGAAUAUUCAAAGUACAAAAAAGUCGUUGGAAGACGCUAAAGAAGAAUAUGAGUUUGCUAAGAAAAUGCUUGCUCUUGAAGAGCGACGAACUAUUGCCAUUGAGAAAGUUUUGGAAGAGCUGGUAAAAUCGAAUAGUAUUCGAGAGAGGAAGCUUAAAUUUAAUCAAAGCAAAUUGUUACAUCUUAAGACGAGGGCUAAACGAAAACAAUUUGUAAACAAAAAUUUAAGCUAAUUAAAUAAGUUUUUUUUAAUAAAUGACUGUAUGAUGAUAAAA